UUCAGAUAUUCAUGAUGGUCUAAACGAUUAGAAUUCGAGGCAACAAUGAACAGCCACUUCUUGUUAGUAGAUCACUGUUUUUGAAGAUGGCUAAUUGGACUAAGAAGCUUCAAAAUAUUACUUUAAGGGGCAUUAAAUUUUGAGGAACUUAUGCAGUGCAGGUUUUGUCCAGCACUUCGGCUAUACUGUGACGGCCAUUUUGUGACACCAUCUACAAUAGUGACAUUGUCUUUUUUAAAACUGUUGUUUUAAGCAGCGGAUCUUGACGCUCUGCACCGACAUGUCAGCGAAAAAUGCCUCCCUCCUUCUGGCUUCCUUGGCCCUGCUCAGUCUGGGCUUCAACCUCUACAAGAGGGUCUUCACGGCCAAUGAGACGCUGCGAUGUGCUGGAGAGCUGCACGUGACUCGCAGGCACACCAAACUAGUCCGGUCGAGACUGAACAAAGCAGUGGCCACGCUGGCUGAUCUGAACCAGACGAUAGCGGGACUGACGGCGGGGGAAGCCCCUGUGGACACGGCGGCUAACCACCGCACUAAGCCCGCAUCAGACAUCGAGGACUUGGUGGCUAAGAUCAGCGCACUGGAGAAGGCAAACAACGAGGUCAAGACGUACUUGCUCAUGCUGCAAGAGGACACCAAGGGGGCCGAGCAAGAGGCGAGCUUGUCUGUGAAAACCGGUGGGAAGUUGACGGAUGAGAUCAACGAUUUAAGGGAAGAGUUGAAGCGACUGAAGCGAGAACUGAAGAAGGCCGUGCGCAAAGAUAUCUCACAAUAACAUCCUCGUGACGUCACCCAAGCGUCAAUGAGAUGUCCGCCACGUCACACAAACAGACGACAGGAGAAUUAUUGCACCCAUCGUGUCGCUAUGGUGACCAGGAAUCAGCUUAUGAACAGCCCUACUUCGGCCAUCUUGAAAUCGAUUUUGUCUGAGUUGGGGAAAUUGAGUUCUGGGCGCUACCUGUUUCAGCCUUGCGAAGCAAAUCACGGAUGCCUGCAUAUAAUUUGUAUUGCGACUCUUCCUACUCCUGUACGUUAAAGGGACGAUACAACAUUUGCAAACAUCAAAAAACGAAAAGAUCAAAUUAUCACGAAAUACCUGGAUUGCAAGGGAAUGACAGUCUAAAGCAUCCUGUAUGUAAAAUCAUGGCCAGCGUUUGAAAAAUUACACACCUGUGUAUUUCUGAAAAUUGCAGCAAAGGCAAAUGUUGUACAUUCCCUUUAAGGAUAAGCUGUUUCAGCUCUGUAUGAUAACAAUGUAAAACUUUCAUGUUGUUUUAUAAUUUAGUAAAACAAAAGCUUACACGAACAUUCAAACAAACACUUUAACAUAUAAUUUCAUUUACAAAUUUCUUAAUUAACUAGUUUUGUCGUUGUAAUAAAAAAUCUCUCUAAGAGCAUUAUCACAUAAAGUACAAAACCGUUUUUAAGCGGCGAAUUUGACACACAAAAAAAUUUCAUUUCUUUUCAAUAGUUUGUUCGAUAUAAAAGUACAAACUUUGGUCUAAAAUGUCCAAUUUCAGAUGACUAACUUUUCUUGAAAAGUAAUUCAUGAAUUAAGGCACCUUCUUCAUGAUUUUUUUUUUAUAAAAGUGAAAGACAUAGAAUUUUGAAGUGUUACAUUAAUGAUGACCACAUUACUGAAACUUAAGUCUCCAAUGAUUUUACAUGCACAUUUACAUAAAGACCCGAUGAUCUACAAAGAUGUGUGUUUUGAUGCAGGAAUUCUGAUAAUGAAGGGGUUCCUUAGCACAAAACCGAUAUUGUAUUUUACAUAAACAGACAACAAAUGUGACCAGCUAUAUCGUAAUGAGGAAUAAGCCUCACCUUCGACUUUUCAAGUUACGUACAUCAUGUUAAAGGGAAGAUACAACAUUUGCAAACAUCAAGAAACGAAAUGAUCAAAUUAUAACAAAAUAUCUUACUGGACUGUUAGUGAAUGACCGUUUAAAGCAAACUGUAAAAUUGUGCCUCAUUGUGUGCUGACAUUUUCAAGAAAAAUUGUAUUUUUCCAAUGCUGGUCGGCCGACCAUCGUUGAAGAAAACUGGUUUAUUUUUCAAAAGCUGCUCCUAAUUUUUCAUCUUUAGUCAUUCUGCAUUAACUUUGCAAUUGAUUACACAUCUGUGAAGGGGUACAAGCCUGCUUGACUGAUUCUCUCACCUUACAAUUCCCAAU